CGACAUCUUUCUCAAAUUCUCGAGAGCGCAAGCUGUGUGGCUGGCUAGCUCGUUGUUUCCUCUUUCUUCAGCUACCUCUACGCCAUCAUGAAGCUCAGUUGGCUUGAGGCGGCUGCCUUGACGGCUGCCUCUGUCGUCAGCGCUGAUAAAUUGGCGUUCUCUCCUCCAUUCUAUCCCUCCCCUUGGGCCAAUGGCCAGGGAGAGUGGGCGGAAGCCUACCAGCGUGCAGUGGCCAUUGUCUCCCAGAUGACUCUGGAUGAGAAGGUCAACCUCACCACCGGAACUGGAUGGGAGCUGGAGAAGUGUGUCGGUCAGACUGGUGGUGUUCCAAGACUGAACAUCGGUGGCAUGUGUCUCCAGGACAGUCCCUUGGGAAUUCGUGACAGUGACUACAAUUCGGCUUUCCCUGCUGGUGUCAACGUUGCUGCGACAUGGGACAAGAACCUGGCUUAUCUCCGUGGCCAGGCUAUGGGUCAGGAAUUCAGUGACAAAGGAAUCGAUGUUCAAUUGGGCCCGGCCGCGGGUCCCCUCGGCAGGAGUCCGGAUGGAGGUCGUAACUGGGAAGGUUUCUCUCCAGACCCGGCUCUUACUGGCGUGCUCUUUGCGGAGACGAUCAAGGGUAUUCAAGAUGCUGGUGUCGUGGCAACAGCCAAGCAUUACAUUCUCAAUGAGCAAGAGCAUUUCCGCCAGGUCUCAGAGUCUGCGGGCUACGGAUUCAAUAUCUCCGACACGGUCAGCUCGAACGUUGAUGACAAGACCAUCCAUGAAAUGUACCUCUGGCCCUUCGCGGAUGCCGUUCGCGCAGGCGUUGGCGCCAUCAUGUGUUCCUACAACCAGAUCAACAACAGCUACGGCUGCCAGAACAGUUACACGCUGAACAAGCUUCUGAAGGCCGAGCUCGGCUUCCAGGGCUUCGUGAUGUCUGAUUGGGGUGCUCACCACAGUGGCGUUGGUUCUGCUUUGGCCGGCCUGGAUAUGUCAAUGCCUGGUGAUAUCACCUUCGAUUCUGCCACUAGUUUCUGGGGUACCAACCUGACCAUUGCUGUUCUCAACGGCACCGUCCCGCAGUGGCGCGUUGACGACAUGGCCGUUCGUAUCAUGGCUGCCUACUACAAGGUUGGCCGCGACCGCCUGUACCAGCCGCCUAACUUCAGCUCUUGGACUCGCGAUGAAUACGGCUUCAAGUACUUUUACCCUCAAGAAGGUCCCUAUGAGAAGGUCAAUCACUUUGUCAAUGUGCAGCGCAACCACAGCGAGGUUAUUCGCAAGUUGGGAGCGGACAGCACUGUUCUACUGAAGAACAACAAUGCCCUGCCUCUGACCGGAAAGGAGCGCAAAGUUGCGAUCCUGGGUGAAGACGCCGGAUCCAACUCGUACGGUGCCAAUGGCUGCUCUGACCGCGGCUGUGACAACGGUACUCUUGCCAUGGCUUGGGGUAGUGGCACUGCCGAAUUCCCAUACCUUGUGACCCCUGAGCAGGCUAUUCAAGCCGAGGUGCUCAAGCACAAGGGCAGCGUCUAUGCCAUCACUGACAACUGGGCGCUGAGCCAGGUGGAGACCCUCGCUAAACAAGCCAGUGUCUCUCUUGUGUUUGUCAACUCGGACUCGGGAGAGGGCUAUAUCUCUGUGGACGGAAACGAGGGCGACCGCAACAACCUCACCCUCUGGAAGAAUGGCGACAACCUCAUCAAGGCUGCUGCGAACAACUGCAACAACACAAUUGUUGUCAUCCACUCCGUUGGACCGGUUUUGGUCGACGAGUGGUAUGACCACCCCAAUGUCACUGCCAUCCUCUGGGCCGGUUUGCCUGGCCAGGAGUCUGGCAACUCCCUGGCUGAUGUGCUCUACGGCCGCGUCAACCCGGGCGCCAAAUCGCCAUUCACCUGGGGCAAGACGAGGGAGGCGUACGGGGAUUACCUUGUCCGCGAACCCAACAACGGCAACGGGGCUCCCCAAGAUGACUUCUCGGAAGGUGUUUUCAUUGACUACCGCGGAUUCGACAAGCGCAAUGAGACCCCGAUCUACGAGUUCGGACAUGGUCUGAGCUACACCACUUUCAACUACUCUGGCCUUCACAUCCAGGUUCUCAACGCUUCGUCCAACGCUCAAGUAGCCACUGAGACUGGCGCUGCUCCCACAUUCGGACAAGUCGGCAAUGCCUCGGAUUAUGUGUACCCUGAGGGAUUGACCAGAAUCAGCAAGUUCAUCUACCCCUGGCUUAACUCCACCGACCUCAAGGCCUCAUCUGGCGACCCGUACUAUGGUGUCGACACCGCGGAGCACGUCCCCGAGGGUGCUACCGAUGGCUCUCCCCAGCCCGUUCUGCCUGCGGGUGGUGGCUUCGGUGGUAACCCCCGCCUCUACGAUGAGUUGAUCCGCGUUUCGGUGACAGUCAAGAACACUGGUCGUGUUGCUGGUGAUGCUGUACCUCAACUAUAUGUUUCCCUUGGUGGACCCAAUGAGCCCAGGGUUGUGUUGCGCAAAUUCGACCGCCUUACCCUCAAGCCCUCCGAGGAGACGGUGUGGACGACUACCCUGACUCGUCGCGAUCUGUCCAACUGGGACGUUGCGGCUCAGGACUGGGUCAUUACUUCUUACCCGAAAAAGGUCCAUGUUGGUAGCUCUUCGCGUCAGCUGCCCCUUCACGCGGCGCUCCCGAAGGUGCAAUGAGCGGUGGAAGGUGUCAUGAAGGGCUUUGAGCCUGGGCCUGAGGCUGCAGAAGGAGAUGAUGUACACAUUUUUCACAAGUCGUAGAGACCACGAAUUUAAUGACUAUGAUGCUGUCAACAUGAACCAUGUAUUCGAGCGGUAGAUCAAGUGUAUUGUAAUGAUAGCGUAAUAGUCGCAGGCUUGUUGUGGCUGUGGCGGUGGUUGUGGUUGUGGUUGUGG